AAACAGUCAUUACAAUUUUUUGGACACAGUGUUUCUCCUUGCUGAACAGUUGAUCAUUACCAACCUAUACCUGGAUGGCUAUGUUUGGAAGUUGUUGCUUGCUGCAAAAACAGCUACAUGUGUAUUUUGUGUGUGUCAUAACGUUUGUGAUUUCUUUUAGGAAGAUAAGAAUAUAAAAUGCCUAAAGAGGAAGACCGGGUAAUCCCGGUGAAGGUGGCACUGAGAUGCCGCCCGCUCGUUCCUAAAGAAAUUUCUGAGGGCUGUCACAUGUGUUUGUCUUUUGUCCCUGGAGAACCACAGGUGGUUCUAGGCAAGGAUAAACCAUUCACGUAUGAUUAUGUGUUUGAUCCAUCAACUGAGCAGGAGGAAGUGUUCAGUACCUGCAUUGCCCCCCUUGUAAGGGGUAUUUUCUCCGGAUACAAUGCCACGGUUUUGGCCUAUGGGCAGACAGGCUCCGGGAAAACCUACUCCAUGGGUGGGGCUUACACCGCUGACCAAGAGAAUGAUCCCACUGUUGGAGCCAUUCCCCGGGUGAUAACACUCCUUUUCCAAGAAAUGAAACAAAAAGUGGAGUGGCACUUUACCUUGAAAGUCUCCUAUUUGGAGAUCUACAAUGAAGACAUCUUGGACCUCUUGGCACCAAGCAAAGAACGGACUUCUCAAAUCAGCAUUCGGGAAGACCCCAAGGAAGGCAUUAAGAUUGUGGGUCUGACGGAGCACAUGGUGUCCAGUGCGCAGGAGACUGUCCUCUGCCUGGAGCAAGGCAACAACUCCCGAACAGUGGCGGCCACAGCAAUGAACACGCAGUCGUCCCGCUCCCAUGCCAUCUUUACAGUGUCUGUGGAGCAGAAAAGCCAGGCUGACGCGAAUGUCAGCUUUCGUUCAAAACUGCACUUGGUUGACCUGGCUGGCUCAGAGAGGCAAAAGAAGACGAAAGCGGAAGGGGAUCGCCUGCGAGAAGGCAUCAACAUCAACAAAGGGCUGCUUUGUCUCGGGAAUGUCAUCAGUGCUCUCGGGGACGAAACCAAGAAGGGCACGUUUGUUCCUUACCGGGACUCCAAGCUGACCCGACUUUUGCAAGAUUCCUUGGGUGGCAACAGCCACACCCUGAUGAUUGCCUGCGUGAGCCCGGCAGAUUCCAACCUUGAAGAGACAUUGAACACCCUCCGCUACGCUGACCGUGCCAGAAAAAUAAAGAACAAGCCAAUUGUGAACAUUGACCCUCAAGCUGCUGAGAUCAGCCGGUUGAGGCUGCAGGUCCAAGAGUUGCAAGUCUUACUGCUCCAAGCCCAUGGGGGAACUCUGCCAGUGUCUCUUCGGGGUGAGCCUGCAGAAAACCUCCAGUCUCUGAUGGAGAGAAACCACUCGCUCCUGGAGGAGAAUGAAAAACUGAGCCGUGGCUUGAGCGAAGCGGCUGGUCAGGUUGCUCAGAUGCUGGAGAGGGUCAUUGUGACAGAGCAGCAGAAUGAAAGGAUCGGCAUGAAGCUGGAGGAGCUUCGAGAACAUGCAGCGUUGAAACUCGACCUGCAGAAGCUGCUGGAAUCUCUGGAGGAUGAAGAACUGAAAGAGCACCUGGAGCUGUUUCGCCAUUUACAGCAGAUGAUCACUCAGCUGCUGAAUGAAAAUUCUCCUGCUAUCGCUGACAUGGACGUGACACAGCAGAAUUCUGAUCCUGCCUCUGCGACAGAACUGGAGGCCCCGCAGUCUUCGGAAGACUUCGCUGCUCAACAUGCUCUCCAGCAAGCUCAGAUGUCGAAGGAGCUGCUAGAACUCAACCAAGCCCUCGCGCUCAAGGAGGCUCUGGCUCGGAAGCUGUCCCAGAGCGACCGCCAGCUGGAACCCAUCCAGUGCCAGUCCCAAAUCAACAUCACGAACCUAGAAGUGGAGGUUGCCAAGCUCCAGAAAGAGAAGGAAGACCUGGUCCUCACACUUCAGAUGACCAAGAAAGAUGUCACUCAGGCCAAGCUGAGUGAACGUCGCCGGAAACGUCUCCAGGAGCUGGAAGGGGAGAUGACCGACCUAAAGAAGAAGCUGAAGGAGCAGUCAAAGCUUCUGAAAAUGAAAGAAUCCAGCGAGCAGACAGUGUGCAAGCUCCACCAGGAGAUUCGGGCAAUGAAAAACCAACGCAUUCAGCUGAUUCGGCAGAUGAAAGAAGAUGCUGAGAAAUUUCGGCAGUGGAAGCAGCAGAAGGACAAGGAAGUCAUCCAGCUGAAGGCCCAGGAUCGCAAGAGGCAGUACGAACGUGUCAAGCUGGAGCAAGAUUUUCAGAAGCAAGCCAGCGUCCUCCGACGGAAAGCCGAAGAAGCUGCUGCAGCUAACAAACGCUUAAAGGAGGCUCUCCAGAAACAGCAAGAAGCAGCUACUAAGCGAAAGGAGAACCAGAACCGCGGAUUUGAAGGAGCUGCUUCCCGGGUGAAGAACUGGCUCAUGAAUGAAGUCGAGGUCCUUGUGAGCAUAGAAGAGGCUCGACACCACCUUAAUGACCUUCUGGAUGAUCGCAAAACUUUGGCCAAGGAGAUUGCGUUGCUGAAAGAGAAGCAGGAGGCCGGGGAGAACCUCCCCACAAAAUAUAAGAGACGCACCUUUUCAUAUAAAGCUGCGGAAAUCGACCAUUCUAUCAGCAAGCAGAUCGAGAGCCUGGAGACAGAGAUGGAGCUCAGGAGUGCCCAGAUUGCAGAUCUGCAACAGAAGUUGCUCGAUGCAGAGACCGGAGACCGGACCAAGCAGCGCUGGGAAAGCAUUGCCACCAUUCUAGAAGCCAAGUGCGCCAUCAAGUACCUGAUUGGCGAACUGGUCUCCUCCAAAGUUGAAGAUGGGAAAUUGGAGAGUCGCCUUCAGCAGAGCAAAACCACCUGUGCCGACGUGCACAAAUUGCUUCUGGAGGAGCGGAAGGCGGCUGCCGACACGGAAGCGGAACUUGAGAGACGGCUGGUCCAGGUGGAGCAGGACCAUCAGGAGAAGAUUCUCUACCUGCUCGGCCAAAUCCAGCACAAGGAAGAAGCUGAGGAAAGGCUCGAAGCUUCCAUUUCGGAACGGGAGCAGCAGCUCCUUGAGCGACUCAAAUUCCAGGACGAAGAGCUCAGCAAGAUGAAAGAAGUCUUUGAAAAGAACCAGGAGCUCUGUGAAGAGCUUGAAGCCGCCAAGCAGAAGCUGAAGAUUCUUCAGGCUGCCAGUGGCCAGAAAAUGUAUAAAGCUGACCCCGGCCUCAGAGAUACCCCAGAAUCUCCCUUUGAUUACAUUCCACCCAAGCCAAAGCCCCGCCGGCCAACCAACGCGAAGCCUAAAUCUGAGAUGGCCGAGGAAGAACCGUUCUCCGAAUCAGAUGAUUUGGACGAAGAAGGGGAAGAUGCCGAGUGGGUGCCCACCAAAAUUGCCAGAGGAAUCAGAAAGAGCUUUUUAGGGUGCGCCUGCAGAGGCCGCUGUGGGAACAAGCAGUGCGGCUGCCGGAAACAGAAACUGGCCUGCUCGCAGGAUUGUCGCUGUGAGGCAGAGAAGUGUCGGAACCGGGACAACUGCGUCUUGGAAGGGGUGCUUACGGAUGAGCAGAUGGGCAGUCUCCAAGACACCUUCAGCCUGGAAGAUCCCACCCAGGUGACCCAAGGGGACACUUUCUUUGAGCCUCCUGACAUCACACCGACAAGAAAGGUCCUGGAAGAUACCCUGGAGCCAGAGGUCUUGGCCCCCCAGAACGGCGCCCUGACCUCAUUCCUGCCCCCGGGCCCCCCGGAGGCCGGCGAGCCCCUGCUGCCAACGAUGAAGAAGCGGAGGAAGCGACUCCUGAGCAACACCAGUCGCUUCUUCUCAGGGUGCACUCCGAUCAAGGAGGAUUUUGUGGAAGGGAGAGGGGAGAAAUGAGCAAGGCGGCUGGCUCUUUUAGCGUGUAUAGAAUUGUUUUAGAAUGUAUAGGCUUUUUGAAUAAACAUUUGC